GGCCGGGGCGGUGCGCGGGCGACGCGCAGGGACCGCUGGGAGCGGGGCGGGCGCUCGCGUCCCUCCUUCCCUCCCCGACUGUGCGUCGCGGCUGCCUCGGGUUCCCGGGCCGACAUGGGCGCCGCCGCGUGGGCACCGCCGCUGCGCAUGUCUUUCCUGCUGCUGCUUCUGCCGCUCCCGGGGAUGCCCGCGGGCUCCUGGGACCCGGCCGGUUACCUGCUCUACUGUCCCUGCAUGGGGCGCUUUGGGAACCAAGCCGAUCACUUCUUGGGCUCUCUGGCAUUUGCAAAGCUGCUAAACCGUACCUUGGGUGUCCCUCCUUGGAUUGAGUACCAGCAUCACAAGCCUCCCUUCACCAACCUCCAUGUGUCCUACCAGAAGUACUUCAAGCUGGAGCCCCUCCAGGCUUACCAUCGGGUCAUCAGCUUGGAGGAUUUCAUGGAGAAGCUGGCACCCACCCACUGGCCCCCUGAGAAGCGGGUGGCAUACUGCUUUGAGGUGGCAGCCCAGCGAAGCCCAGAUAAGAAGACGUGCCCCAUGAAGGAAGGAAACCCCUUUGGCCCAUUCUGGGAUCAGUUUCAUGUGAGUUUCAACAAGUCGGAGCUUUUUACAGGCAUUUCCUUCAGUGCUUCCUACAGAGAACAAUGGAGCCAGAGAUUCUCUCCAAAGGAACAUCCGGUGCUUGCCCUGCCAGGAGCCCCGGCCCAGUUCCCCGUCCUGGAGGAACACAGGCCACUACAGAAGUACAUAGUAUGGUCAGACGAAAUGGUGAAGACGGGAGAGGCCCAGAUUCACGCCCACCUCGUCCGGCCCUAUGUGGGCAUUCAUCUGCGCAUUGGCUCUGACUGGAAGAACGCCUGUGCCAUGCUGAAGGACGGGACUGCAGGCUCACACUUCAUGGCCUCUCCGCAGUGUGUGGGCUAUAGCCGCAGCACAGCGGCCCCCCUCACGAUGACUAUGUGCCUGCCUGACCUGAAGGAGAUCCAGAGGGCUGUGAAGCUCUGGGUGAGGUCGCUGGAUGCCCAGUCGGUCUACGUUGCUACUGAUUCCGAGAGUUAUGUGCCUGAGCUCCAACAGCUCUUCAAAGGGAAGGUGAAGGUGGUGAGCCUGAAGCCUGAGGUGGCCCAGGUCGACCUGUACAUCCUCGGCCAAGCCGACCACUUUAUUGGCAACUGUGUCUCCUCCUUCACUGCCUUUGUGAAGCGGGAGCGGGACCUCCAGGGGAGGCCGUCUUCUUUCUUCGGCAUGGACAGGCCCCCUAAGCUGCGGGACGAGUUCUGAUUCUGGCCAGAGCACCAGACCCUCUGAUCCUGGAGGGACCAGAGUCUGAGCUGGUCCUUCCAGCCAGGCCUGGCAGCCAGAGGUGCUCCGGGAUUGCAAACUCCUCUUCUCACCUGCCAAAGAUGGAGAAGGGUGCCAGGGACCCCUGGAGGAGGGAGACGUUCCAUAUCCCAGGGCAUAGGACUUCCAGGUUCCUAGGAGCAGGAGCAUCUGCCAUCGCACGUGCUUUCUGCUCUUCUGGGAAUUUCUCACAGCGGCAAAGCAGUCCAGCCUCCGUCUUCUGGUCAGCUCUGCUCUGAGCAGCCUGGAAUGCUGAACUCUUCAGAGAGAUUUUUUUAUAGAGAGAUUUCUAUAAUUUUGAUACAAGGUCAUGACUAUCCUAGAACUCUCUGGUUUUUGAAAAUCAGUAAAUUCUAUUAAUGUAGGUACCUAAAGUGACCUUAACUGAAUGUGGAUGAGGCUGGGGCUGGUGUGGGUCUUUUGGCUGGUUUUCAAGGUGUCCCCCAAUGUGGCCCUCAAGAGCCAUCCCCACUGCCUGGCCAGAGCCAUUGUUGUCCCCCACUUCCUAGGCCAUUUCUCGGGCUUGGGGGUUGAAUACUGUCCUGUGUUGUAAACACUAUGCAAAUGGAUGUUAUCGGUUGUGGUACUGUGCAGCGCUCUGUGGGCGACUAAGCGCCACUCACAUAGCAUGUUCCUGGCAAGGAACACAUACCAUCAAGCCACACUAUCACGGUAUUGUUCUCACAGUCUUUUGGUGGUUGGUGGCCACUGCAAACCUGGCACCAUCAGAUCUCUUUUGAUCUCUUGCCCCAGUGGGGCCUGGUUGGUAGAAUGUUGGCAUUAGGUUGAUAUCCAAAGCCUGUUCUCCCAGCCGUCCUCCUGCAGCUGGAGCCUUCAGGCCGUAUUCUCACGAAGGAACGUUUGCCAAGGUUCUGACCACAUAGAAGAUGCCCAGGGCCCAGAAGCCAUCAGAAUUAUCAGUGGAGAAGCACCUUUUGACUCUUCCCUUCCAAUGUAAUCUCUGCCAACACCAUGAGGCUUAAGGUGCUCUAAGUCAUGAGUGUUUUGGUCUCAGAUGCUGCAGUUUUAAUAAUCUAUGACUCCUGAGAGCCCAUGGUUUUUUGACCUUGUGGUUCUAAAAUUCCAUGUCUGACCCCUGUAGAUCUUUUCCUUGCCAUGUCACCUCCCUUGGCCUUUGAUCCUGGAAAGGUGGCAGAGCCUCCACUGAGCCAGGCCCAGAGCUCCUUGCAGUGCCUUUUCCCUUGUUUACCUGUGGGAGGAAACACUUUUUUUGUCAGGGGCAGCCUGGGUCAGAGCUCAGAGGUCACACUGUAUCAAAGAUCUCAAACAGCAAAGUCAGCAUUUGCUGUAUAGAGCUGCCACCCAACUCUAAGCAGGAGAAACUGUACAGAAAGGGCUUUGCUAUUUUUCCCUUUUGGGAAAACAAUGAAGUGUUUUAAGUCCUGGGUGGACUGAGAGGUGGUUUGCCUGUCCAGACUUGCUCUCAAGCCUCAUCCAGAGAAGGAGCUGCAGAUGAGGGAUCCCGUACACUCCCUGCCGCCACUAGGUUGUAAGCCUGUGGCUGGCUGGCUGAUUUCAUUUUGGAAUUCAUUUGCUAUCCACAGCCUUACACUAGGCAUACACUUUAGAGUCUGGGGCUCCAGUGGGGCCAUCCUAGUUUUUUUUUCUCCCAAGACAGGGCCUUGCUCUGUCUCCCAGGCUGGAGUGCAGUGGCAUGAUCAUGGCUUACUGCAGCCUUGAUCUCCCAGGCUCAAGUGGUCCUUCCGCUUCAGCCUGUCUGGUAGCUGAGACUGCGUGCCCAGCUCCAAAUCACCUUGAUUCAUAUCAGCAGUAAUAAUGACUUGUGUUCUGAAAGAAAGGGCACCAGAAGUUCUAUCAAAAUUCAGUUGUGUUCUGUGAGCUAGCACUUUUUCCUCUGACCCAAUUUUCUUACCUAUAAAAUGGUGAUAAAAACCAACAGGUUGUUCAAAGGCCCAGAUCAGCUAAAGCAUGUAUAUAAGAGCACGUUGUAAACUUGAAAGAGACAAAGGCACAAAUGUGGCUGUUGAUUAA